AUGUCUACAUCGUCAGAAAACCGAAGUAAAGUUGUCGCAGACGACAAUAGCGAUAUGUCCAGUAAUAGCAGUGACGAGGACUUUGUCGUUCAUAAUCUUGCUGAUGUCACUUCAAUGCGUUCUGACCAAGAAAAGAACUUGGGUCUAACGCGGACAGAAACCAAAAAGGACUUGGAAUUGCUUGGUGUCACUAGUGAGAGACCACCUCCAUCACUUAAUGCUCCACCAGUUGAGGAUCCUAUUUUUCCUGAAGAAUAUGGUUUGGAAACGACUACUGGGUUGGUGCGAGCCAAGACUUUGGAAAGCUUAGGUAGGACAAAGUCCCACAAGAGCGAAAUCAAGGAUGACACUGAGUUUGUCACUUUUACUAUUGGCGAUCCAGAAAACCCUCACAAUUGGCCUAUGGCUACCAAAUGGCUCUACACUUUUUUGCUCUCCAUGUUGGUUAUCAGUGCUGCUUAUGGAUCCUCAUGUUUGUCGGGAGGUUUAUUCACAAUCAAUAACAAAUACGGUGUAUCUACUGAAGUAUCAACAUUGACAGUGUCAUUGAUGGUGUUGGGAUUUUGUGUCGGUCCUUUGCUUUGGGCACCAUUGUCAGAACAAAUAGGAAGGAGACCGGUAUAUUUCAUCAGUUUUGGUCUUUACACCAUACUAAAUAUCCCAUGUGCAUUGUCACCAAAUAUUGGAGGCUUGUUGGCUUCACGUUUCCUUUGUGGUGUCUGCGCCGCUAGUGCAUUGACCAAUGUUGGUGCAAGUUUGGUUGAUAUGCACAACGAAACUAGAGGUGUCGCUAUUGCCUUUUUCAGUUUCUGCCCCUAUAGUGGUCCCGUUUUUGGUGGUCUCGUUAACGGUUUCAUCAGUAUUGGUACAAACAGGUUCGAUAUCAUGGUUUGGGUCAACAUGGCCUUUGCUGGUGUCAUGUGGAUCAUUGUAUCAUUCAUUCCAGAGACUUACCCACCAGUCAUUUUAAAACAAAGAGCUAAGAGGUUGAGAAAGGAAACGGGAAACAUGAACAUCAUGACAGAACAAGAAGCUACGCCUUUGUCAUUUAAAGAAAUGGUCAAUACCAACUUGCUCCUCCCAUUGAAAUUCACAAUCAGUGAACCCAUUUUGGAUCUUGUUUGUGGGUUUGUUGCUUUAAUUUACGCAUUAUUGUAUGCAUUCUUUUUUGCAUAUCCAUAUAUUUUCAACAAAUUGUACGGUUUCAAGGACAACAAGAUUGGUCUUAUGUUUGUUCCUAUUUUGAUUGGUGCCGGGUUAGCCUUGACAACGACGCCAUAUAUCGAGAAAAAAUACAAGGAAUUGUGCACAAGAAGGAAACCAGAGCCAGAAGAUAGACUUAUCGGUGCCAUGAUUGGUGCCCCAUUCCCAUGCAUUGCUUUAUUUAUCUUGGGGGCUACCUCAUACAAACACAUCAUCUGGGUAGGUCCUGCUUCUUCUGGUAUUGCAUUUGGAUACGGAAUGGUGUUGAUUUACUAUUCAUUAAACAACUACAUCAUUGACACCUAUGCCAAAUAUGCCGCUUCUGCCUUGGCUACAAAGGUGUUUUUGAGAUCAGCUGGAGGUGCUGCUUUCCCAUUGUUUAUCACCUAUAUGUACGAGGGUUUGGGCUUGCAAUGGGCCAGUUGGUUGUUGGCAUUUGUUUGUUUGGCCAUGAUCUUGGUUCCUUUUGGUUUCUACAAAUAUGGAGGUGCAUUGAGGAAGAAAUGGUGUAAAGAAGACUAUUCAAUGAAUGCUAUGGAAUAG